AAACGGAAUGCGUGAGCCUCUUUCUUUUGGACUGUCCGUGUCUUUUGGAUAGUUGAGGCGGAUUUUAAUCCUAGCCAUGGUGCGAAUGAACGUAUUGAGUGAUGCGCUAAAAUCAAUCCACAAUGCCGAAAAGCGCGGUAAGAGGCAAGUGCUCAUCCGGCCUUGUUCAAAAGUAAUCGUCAAGUUCUUGACUGUGAUGAUGAAGCACGGGUACAUCGGCGAGUUCGAGAUCGUCGACGACCACAGAGCCGGCAAAAUAGUAGUGAACCUCACCGGUAGAUUGAACAAAUGUGGAGUCAUUUCACCGCGUUUCGACGUACCUAUCAAUGAUAUUGAGAGAUGGACUAACCUACUUCCAUCCAGACAGUUCGGAUAUCUUGUACUGACAACCAGUGGUGGCAUCAUGGACCAUGAGGAGGCCAGGAGAAAACAUCUUGGAGGCAAAAUUUUAGGCUUCUUCUUCUAAGUUUACCCAAUAUACUUAAAAAUGUA